CUUCCAAAAGCCCAUUUAGCGCGGGAACUUUGUUCAACCGCUCAAACCUCAGUGCUUUGCUCGCUUCUCUCUCCUCUAUGUGCACCACACCUUCCCAAACCCUUCAAUGGCGUCUGGGUCGAACUCUCUCAUGUGGUUCCGAAAGGGUCUUCGGAUCCAUGACAACCCGGCCCUCGAGUACUCCGCCAAGAACUCCAACUACCUCUAUCCGGUUUUCGUAAUUGAUCCUCAUUAUAUGGAGCCCGAUCCGACUGCUUUCUCACCUGGUUCGUCUCGGGCCGGGUUGAAUCGUAUUCGGUUCUUGCUCGAGAGCCUCGUCGAUCUCAACUCAAGUCUCAGGAAGCUUGGCUCGCGUUUGUUGGUGCUGAAGGGUGAACCCAGCGAGGUUGUGAUUCGUUGCUUGAAGGAGUGGGACAUAAAAAAACUGUGCUUUGAGUAUGAUACGGAGCCCUACUAUCAAGCCUUAGACGCUAAACUUAAGAACCAUGCCUCUGUAGCUGGAAUUGAGGUGUUCUCUCCAGUGAGUCAUACACUCUUCAAUCCUGCAGACAUCAUACAGAAGAAUGGAGGAAAGCCGCCCUUGAGUUAUCAGUCAUUUUUGAAACUUGCUGGGCAACCCUCUUGGGCAGCAUCCCCCCUUUCAACCACGCUGUCUUGGCUUCCUCCUGUUGGAGAAGUUGGAAAUUGUGAGAUUUCAGAUGUUCCAACCAUUAAGGAACUUGGCUAUGAAGACUUUGGGGAGGAUAACUCGACUCUUUUCAAAGGCGGUGAAUCAGAAGCACUGAGGAGGUUGGGAGAAUCAAUUAAUGACAAGGAGUGGGUGGCAAACUUCGAGAAGCCUAAGGGUGAUCCAUCUGCAUUUAUAAAACCAGUGACAACUGUUUUAUCACCCUACUUGAAAGUUGUUCAGAAAAGUGUCAAGAGGCACACAUCUCCCCCAGUUUCCCUUCUCGGACAGUUGCUAUGGCGAGACUUUUUCUACACGGUCGCUUUUGGCACUCCAAAUUUUGAUCGUAUGAAGGAAAACAGAAUAUGCAAGCAGAUACCUUGGAAUGACGAUGAGGAAUUGCUCGUGGCUUGGAGAGAUGCUAGGACAGGAUUCCCUUGGAUUGAUGCCAUCAUGGUUCAGCUUCAGAAGUGGGGUUGGAUGCACCAUCUUGCACGGCAUUCUGUCGCAUGUUUUCUAACUCGUGGAGAUCUGUUUGUUCAUUGGGAAAAAGGGCGUGAUGUUUUUGAGAGACUUCUUAUUGACUCAGAUUGGGCAAUCAAUAAUGGGAAUUGGAUGUGGCUCUCAUGCUCAUCUUUUUUCUACCAGUAUAACCGCAUCUAUUCUCCAAUCUCAUUUGGGAAGAAGUAUGAUCCUAAUGGUAACUAUAUUAGGCAUUUUAUCCCUGCGCUGAAAAAUAUGCCUAAAGAGUAUAUUUAUGAGCCAUGGACAGCUCCCCUAAGCAUCCAAAGCAAAGCAAAGUGCAUCAUUGGAAAAGAUUAUCCAAAACCAGUGGUUUCCCAUGACUAUGCAAGCAAAGAAUGCAAGAGAAAAUUAGCCGAAGCAUAUGAGUUGAACAAAAAAUUAAAUGGCAGGGUGAGUGAGGAAGACCUCAGAUGUUUGAGGAGAAAACUUGAGAAAGAUCAGAAUCCGGAGUCCUCCAACCUUAAAAGGAAAAAACAAAUGUUGAUUGGCUGAGGCCAAAAUCACAGGCAAGGCUGGCAGGGACAGAGCCCAGAUCACAUCAGUAGGUUACACACCAAAGUGCAUCAGCAAUCAGUGUGACAAAGGGCUGAUAACCACAUGUACCAAUAUUUUAACCAGAUGCCUGAUAUAUGAGGAGGAGGAUGUACUGUUUACAGCAGAGGAACAAAUUUGCUGUCAGGGGGAAGAGGUUUGAUCUCCUUGUAGAGCACAAUAAUUGUUCUCACUUCAUUCUUGGAGAGAGGAGUUGUAACAGAAUUUUUGAAUUUGUGCAUUCGGUGGCUAGAUUUUGCUUGAUGUUAAAUAUUUGUGGUUGGUUCUAAUAGUUUUUAGUGUAUACGGCUUGAUAGCUAGUAAUUUAGAAUGACCUUUCGGGGUCGUUUGAUUGGUCGGAUCUAGUUGUGAUCGGGUAAAAUAAACUCGGG